CCGCAUGUGUGGAUUUGGCUCUUUAGAUAUAGAAGUGGCCCAGAGCGUCUCUGUCACUCUCUCCUCAGCCAGAGGCUCCUCUGUUCCACCAUCCUCCUGGAAUGCUUUCUAGGACAUCCAGCUGGAAGCUCCAGGCUCGGGGCCCAGCUAUCAGUCAGACCCGUGGCCCAGAUCCCCUUCACCAUGCUGGGCCUGAGGAAGGAGAGACGCAGGAGUGGCUGCUGGGAGGAAAGCUGUCCCUGUCUGUUCCUUGAUGGGACCUGACAGCAGCCUGUAGGCUGUCAAUGCAUUCCUGCGCAGCUGCUUUUAAAUCACAAAUGGGAAAUCUGUAGUGUUUUUUGUGAGUCUGUGUGUGCGUAGGCACAAGUGUGCAACUGUGCCUUUGACGUUGUGUGCGUGGGUGUGAACGUGUGCUUUGUGUGUAUAUAAAUUAUUCCAUCUCUGCUCCACAUAUGAUGAAGUGGUUUUGCGUAUAUAAAUGAGUGAAAGUGAGCGCACGAGUCAGGCUUACUUUCCAUUUUAGCAACUCUCCAGAGACGCAGCUCUGUCUCUCAACACUGUGCAGUCACAGCGCUGAGGCUGAUAAGGAAAUGUUUAGCCAAUUUCACCAGACUGUUGAAAUGAUUUGGAAUCAUCACGGGGCCACUGGGACAUAUCGAAUGCAUGGUGGAAAACUGGAUUGUUUGUACAGUGGCUAAGCUAACUGAAAUACUUAGUGGAUCGAGGGAGUGAAAGAUCUUUGUGUGUGCUUUUGGUAUUUAAGGACAUGAUUUAAUGAACUCUGUGUAUGUACAAGAUGGUGCUGAUGAAGGUUGUACAUGUUUUCUCACAUGUCUGUUUGGAGACGUGCACAUGGCUUCCAGCGUGCACACUUUUUCUUCCACAUGUGCUCACUACUAUCUCAGCCUUAAUAAUGAAUACAAUCUGUCCUUUCAGAUCCACGAACGGCUGCAGCACUAUGAGGAGAGCAAGCCCGCCCCCGUCCUGGAAGGAGCUGCACCUCUGGCACGUGAUGUGUCUGAUGAGCUGGAAGGCAAAUCAGCCAGUCGGGAUGUCAAAGAGCUUCUUAAACUGCUGGCAAACCCACAUGUAAAGAGCCUCCUGUCUGUCCACGACGCAGUUGCCCAAAAGAAGUAUGACCCCGAACUACCUCCGCUGCCUGAAGACAUCGAUGACGAUGAAGAUUCUGUGAAAAUUAUAAGAUUGGUCAAGAACAAGGAGCCACUGGGAGCAACAAUAAGACGUGAUGAGAGCACAGGUGCCAUCAUUGUGGCCCGGAUCAUGAAGGGAGGGCCAGCUGACAGAAGUGGCUUAAUUCAUGUAGGGGAUGAACUGAAGGAGGUCAAUGGAAUCCCUGUGGACGACAAGAAACCAGAGGAAAUCAUUCGUAUUCUGGCACAGUCACAAGGAGCCAUUACCUUUAAAGUUGUCCCUGGUGCAAAGGACGAGGCAUCUCUCAAGGAGCCACAGAUGUUUGUGAAGGCGCUCUUUGACUACGACCCAAAAGAUGACAACACCAUCCCAUGUAAGGAAGCUGGUUUGGCCUUCAAAAAGGGUUGCAUCCUACAGAUCAUGAGCCAAGAUGAUGCAACCUGGUGGCAGGCCAAACACGAGGGUGACACAAAUCCUCGUGCUGGCUUAAUACCAUCCAAACAGUUCCAGGAGAGGAGACUUGCAUUUCAGCAACCUGUUACGACUCUUUCGUCCCUAAGGAGGUCUACUAGACGAUCAUCUGGGUUCAGGAGAAGCUUUCGCCUCAGCAGGAGAGACAGAAAGACCACCAAGUCCAUGUACGAGGCGAAGAAGAGUGAAAUGUACGACAUGGCUGACGUGCCCACGUACGAGGAAGUCGUCCCGUACGGCAGGCAAAGGGGAGACAAACACAGGCUGGUGGUGCUAGUAGGACCCACGGGUGUCGGCUUGAGUGAACUGAAGAAGAAACUGUUGAUCUCUGACCCCCAGCACUUCAGUGUGACCAUUCCGCACACCAGUCGACCCAAGAAGAACCAGGAGACCGAUGGUGUGGAUUACCACUUCAUCUCCAAGCAGCUCUUUGAGACGGACAUCCAAAACAACAAGUUCAUUGAGCAUGGCGAGUACAAAGGGAAUUUCUACGGCACAAGUCUGGACUCGAUACGUUCAAUCCUGUCAAAGAAGAAAGUGUGCCUGCUGGAUGUCCAGCCUCAUCUAAUAAAGCAUCUUCGAACAGCAGAGUUUAAACCUUUCGUUGUGUUCGUGAAGCCCCCGACCGUCGACAGACUGAGAGAGACCAGAAAGAAAACCCAAAUUAUAUCAGGCAAAGACGACAAGGACUCCACCAAACCCUUCACGGAGGAAGACUUUCAGGAGAUGGUGAACACGGCCCAGACAAUGGAGACUCAGUACAGCCAUCUCUUUGAGAUGGUUAUAGUCAACGACAACGUCGAUGUUGCCUUCAGCGAGCUGCAGUUGGCACUAAAGAAAGUGGAGACAGAGACACACUGGAUUCCAGUCAGCUGGACUCACUCCUGAGAGACAUACUGACUGUAAAAGGAGAAAAGGGAAGCGCUUUGACAAAAAUAUGCAGGUUUUCUAUCUUUUUU